UGUCUUUGCCAUUGUAGAACCAAACAUGAGGUCUGCAAUACCCAAGGAUGUAAAGAUGUCCCUUAAAGUUAUGGUGAAUAAAGAGAAAACAAAGGUUCCAUUUGCAGAAGCCAACAGCAAAUCUGCAGAGGUUAUACUAAGUUUUCUGAUGUUGCCAUUGGGGGAGAUUGUGAGGGUCUUCGAGGAGCAUUAUUUGGAUAAGAAACCCGUUGUUGGAAGCUUAACACCGAUGUAUAGGCACUUAACAACUCUUCGUAGUGACUAUUUCUGGACAGAUGGUGGUAAGAACAUGCUACUCAAUCCAAGUAACUCAUUCAUGAGUGGACCAGUAAAGCAUUUCAGAUGUGGAGACAUGGAUUGUAAGAAGAAAAGUUUUAGAAACGUGAGCAUCUACUAUGAUUCUGGUACAUGUGAUUGUGGCAAGCCAUUGAACAGAGCUAUGGGCGAAAUCGAGCCAAAACCUCAAGCUGGUGGUGAUGGGAUUCUUGUGGAAGGACUGCAUUUUUUAGUAACUGAUGAUCUGCAGCUCGCCCCCUAUGAGCCGGGAUCUAUGAUGGAAACUCUCGUCUAUCUUGGCAUCGUUGUAACAGAAGGCGCAGAGCAAUUGAAUGUGACUCUUGGAUACAAUGAGAUUGUGGAUUUGCUCAAGCGAUCUUUACUCUCCAAGACUCCGCUAACGGAUGUCAUUCUUUGUGUUAUCAACAAAAACAUGGGUUAUGUGCUAGAGGACAUUUUACUAGACAAGAUAGAGCUAGAAUCAACCAGCUCUAAGAGAAUGACUGUGACAGCUCUAAUGCAAAAAUCUACCAACAAAUUGUUGUUUGUGAAGGGAAGGGAAGAUUUUGUGGAUUUCAUUCUCAGUUUUCUGACUAUCCCAUUGGGAGGAGUGGUGUCCCUUUUGAGGGGCAAGACUUGUUUCAAGGGCAUUGACAAUUUGUACAAAAGCACAUCAAAUCUUAUCAAAGACAAACAUUUCAUUACAGGAGAUGCGAAGAGAAGGCUGCAAGAACCACAGCUUCCUCCCUACUAUGUUUCCAAGAACCAGAUUUUCUCUCUCUCUGAACAGAUUGUUAAUUCUAUAUAUUAUUAUGAAAGCAUUACAGAUUCCUCCGAUCAAACAAUUGGAAAAGGUUCUUGGAUGCGUUACAAAGACCCAAAGGGAGAUCAAGGAUGCUAUGUCAAACCUGGGAUGUUUAAGAUAUCCGAUGAUUUAACUUUUUUAAAAUGUUUUUUCUCAAACUCUGCCAUUCUCUCCAAGUUGAAGAUCCCUCCAUCUGAUGUCAAAGAAAUGGAGGUGCAGAUUGGGUUGAAAGAGGGUUUAAGCAUACUGAAAGCAGCUCUUAGAUCGACGACUGCUUUGGCAGAUGGGCUCGUCAAACAUAUCACAAAGGCGUCUGUGGCUUCAAAUUCUGCUCAAAGCGAUGGCCUUCAUAAUAAGACAUCAAACAAAAGGCCAAAGACAAAGGUGUCACCAUGAGCUUCACUAAUCAUGCUGUGCAUUGUAGUAAUAGAACUUGUUUCCUGCUUAUUAUGGAUAGAUGUUUUGGUGCAAUGUGCUCUGCCUGUUAUGUAUAAAUCUAGCUGGAAACUUAUGAUUUUGCUGUAAUCUGCUCUACUUGUUUAUGUAUAAA